AUGUCUAGCCCUGAGGCGGAUGAGGUACUGUUCGCAUACAUAGUAGUAGCCCCUCAUGCUGUAAGCUUGGUACUGAUACGAGAUGAUAAUGGAAUACAGCAACCAGUAUAUUACGUAAGAAAAUCAUUACAUGAGGCUGAAGUGCGCUACUUACCAUUGGAGAAAGUAAUUCUGGCAGUAGUGCAUGCUACGCGAAAACUCCCCCAUUACUUUCAAGCACACACGGUCAUUGUUCUAACCCAGCUUCCCCUUCGAUCGGUGCUCCGAAGCGCCGAUUACACGGGAAGAAUCGCCAUGUGGAGUGCACUCUUGGGGGCUUUUGAUAUUAAAUGCAUGCCUAGGUCCUCUGUCAAGGGUCAAGUCCUCACGGAUCUAGUCGCAGAAUUCGCUGAGCCCUCUGUAGAAAUAAGAACACAAAGGGAAAAUAUGGAUGGAAAAUCGGUUGGCAUAAUCUCAGCUCGAGAAACCUCACGUUGGAAAGUCUAUGUGGACGGCGCGGCCAACCAAAAAGGAUCUGGGAUCGGGCUAGUUCUGAUAUCGCCCGAAAGUAUUACCAUUGAAAAAUUGAUAAGACUUGGGUUCUCGGCUACGAACAACGAAGCCGAGUACGAGGCCUUGUUUCAAGGAAUGAUGGUGGUUCAAAAAAUGGGCGGAAAGGCAAUGGAAGCAUUCUCAGACUCCAGAUUGGUCAUAGGCCAAGUGAUGGGUGAGUUAGAAGCAAGAGAUGCUAGAAUGCAAGAGUAUCUCGGUCGAGCCAAACGCCUACAAUCAGACUUUGAAUCCUUUAACCUGACGCAUGUUUCUAGAAGUGGGAACACACAUGCGGAUUCACUGGCCACUCUUGCCAUGUCCUCUAUGCAGGAUCUGCCACGAAUGAUCCUUGUUGAGGCUCUAUGCCAGACAAGUUUAAUCGGAAGAGACAUAGCUCGGAUCCAUCAGAUUAGAAGGAAUCCCAGCUGGAUGGAUCCUAUAAUGAACUUCCUCAAAGACGAUACAUUACCGGAAGGAAAACUGGAGGCCGAGAAGAUACGGAGGAAUGCUCCUCAGUUCUGGUUGUUAGAGGACCACAAGCUAUACCGGCGUUCCUAUUCUGGGCCGUACCUACUAUGUAUACACCCAGAGGAAUCCGAGUCCUUGCUUAAAGAACUACAUGAGGGGAUUUGUGGAAGUCAUACGGGAGGAAGAUCACUGGCGCACAGGGCACUCACCCAAGGGUACUGGUGA